CAAUCACCUCAACUCCAUCCCGACCUAUACUAACAACCAACGCCCAAAAUCCACCUCCAACGAAGCUCUCCAUCGCAACCCACGCAUAACGAUAUUUGCUUCGCGCAAUCUCACCGACCACAUCCUACGCGGCGCUGCUAGAGCAGCUAACAAUUCAUCAUGUUCAGAAACAACUACGAUAACGAUUCCGUUACCUUCUCGCCCCAGGGCCGAAUAUUCCAGAUUGAAUAUGCUGCUGAGGCAGUGAAGCAAGGUUCAGUCGUUGUCGGUAUCGCCAGCAAGACCCAUGCCGUUCUUUGUGCUGUCAAGCGAAACGCAGAGGAACUCUCAUCCUACCAGAAGAAGCUCUUCACUGUCGACGAACAUGCUGGUAUCGCCAUCGCCGGUCUUACUUCCGAUGCUCGCGUUCUCUCCAACUUCAUGAAGCAGCAGUGUCUAGGACACCGACUCACCUACGGCCGUGCCAUUCCCCUCCGAUCCCUUGUCGACAUGAUCGGUGAGAAGGCCCAGAUGAACACUCAAAUGUACGGAAAGCGACCUUACGGUGUUGGUCUGCUAGUUGCCGGUGUUGACGAGCGCGGUCCCCACCUGUUCGAGUUCCAGCCCUCAGGCAUGACAGAAGAGAUGCUUGCUUUUGCCAUUGGCGCGCGAAGCCAAAUGGCUCGAACAUACCUUGAGCGCAACAUCGACGAGUUCGCCGACUGUUCAAGGGAGGAGUUGGUCAAGCACGGUCUUAAGGCUCUGAAGGAGAGUUUGGUUCAGGACAAGGAGCUUACAGUAGAGAACACAUCAGUCGGCGUAGUGGGCAUCAACACAAAGGACGGCAAGAAGAAGGUCGAGCCCUUCAAGCUGUACGAUGGAUUCGAGGUACAGCCAUGGAUCGAGAGCGUUGGCGAGGGUCAAGGAGGCGCAGAGGAAGGCGACGGUGAGGGCAUGGAUGUGGACAGCUAAACGUGUGACGAAUGAUGAAGCGGAUACACGUGGCGUCGGGUUGCUAGCUAAAUAGAUCAUGUACAAUUACAUGCUGCAAAGACAGCUUUUCAUGGGUCUCACGUCUGGUCA